UACAGUAUUUUUCACUCCAUGCGAUGCACCUGACUAUAAGAUGCACCUAGGUUUUAGAGGAGGAAAACAAGAAAAAAAUAUUCUGAACCAAGAAUACAGACAUAGUACAGGAGAUGACCAGAGACUGCGGACACAGCACAGGAGAUGACCAGAGACUGCGGACAUAGUACAGGAGAUGACCAGAGACUGCGGACAUAGUACAGGAGAUGACCAGAGACUGCGGACACAGUACAGGAGAUGACCAGAGACUGUGGACAUAGUACAG